CCCUUCCCUCUGCAGGCCAAGGCUGGCGAAGGCCUCCAUAUAUUUAAAAGGACGUUAGCCCCUCCUUACUCAGUUGAGCUGACAGAGACCGAACAGGCAGACUUGACCUUGGUCAGAAAGUCUUCAAGAUGCCGAACUUGGGUGGCGGUGCAAAAUGUGGAGCCUGUGAAAAGACAGUCUACCAUGCGGAAGAAAUCCAGUGCAACGGAAGGAGUUUCCACAAGACCUGUUUCCACUGCAUGGCCUGUAGGAAGGCUCUGGACAGCACCACGGUCGCAGCUCACGACUCGGAGAUCUACUGCAAGGCCUGCUAUGGGCGCAAGUACGGCCCCAAGGGGAUCGGGUUUGGACAAGGCGCCGGCUGCCUCAGCACCGACACAGGCGAACACCUGGGCCUCCAGUUCCAAGAGUCCCCAAAGCAAGCACGGUCAGCCACCACCAGCAACCCUUCCAAGUUCACUGCGAAGUUCGGAGAAUCAGAGAAGUGCCCUCGAUGUGGAAAGUCAGUCUAUGCUGCAGAGAAGGUGAUGGGAGGGGGCAAGCCUUGGCACAAGACCUGUUUCCGCUGCGCCAUCUGUGGGAAGAGCCUCGAGUCCACGAACGUCACUGACAAAGAUGGAGAACUUUAUUGCAAAGUUUGCUAUGCCAAAAAUUUUGGCCCAACAGGUAUUGGGUUUGGAGGUCUCACACAACAAGUGGAAAAGAAGGAGUGAAAAGUGUACCCUUUCUCUGAUCUUUCAUCGGCCUAAAACAUUUCCCAGUGGUCCUGCCCAGAUGGACACCCUCCCCAAACAUCCUCUCGUCGGUAGUUGUACAGGACUUCUCUUCAGACAUGAUCAUAGUCUUCACCCAAAGUUAGAAGAGACCUUUAGAAGCAAAUUAUUAAAAGUUUAAUCUGAUUCCUGGGAUAGGAGAGGCAAUAAAUACUUUAUCGGUAA